AUGAAAACAUUCAUCGCAUUGUCUCUCUUGUAUUUGACAUUAGCUAAGUAUAGACGAUCAUCAUAUAUAGCUAAGGAAUAUUAUCUACAUUUGGUGAUUAAAUACAUCCAUUUUAAUAAGUGAUUGUAGCAUUAUCAGAAGUAGCAUCUAAAGACUUUAAUUUCUAAUAAUUAUUUGUUGCUUUAGAUGAAUUAGCUGAAUCUUUUAAGGCUAGAAAGAAUGAAGAAAAUGCAUUUUAUGAACAAGAAUAUUAAUAAUAUUAAGCUGAUGUACAAUACUACUAAAAUUAAAUUACAGAUUUUAAGAAUAAGGUAUUAUUAUGAAUUUUAAUAUUUCUCAGAUAGCCUAAUUAGAAAUUGAUGUUAAGGAUUUGAAUGAUGAAAGAACUAGAUUGUAAUAAUUUUUAACUGAAGCCAAAUAAGAUCUUUAUGAUGCUACAAAAUUAUUUAAUGCUAAAGAAGCAUAAAUUAAUUCAGAUAAAUCUACUUUUACAAGAUAAUUCAAUGAAUAUGCAGAUACAAUUACUGUAUUAGAUUAAGCUAUUGCAUUAUUAAAUGAAGUAAAAGAUGAAACAUCAUUGUUAUAAAAAUCAGACAACAUCAAAGAGAUAUCAUCAAAGAUGCACACUCAGUAUUAUUUUAUAUUUAAUAAUAGUCUCAAAUAACUUUCUUCAAAAAGAGUCUUCUAUUAACCAUUAGUAAAAGCACUCAGUUAAAUUGCAUAAAAUAAUUAUGUUGAUUAAGAGAAUCUUAACAAAGUUAUCAAUUAUAUGAAUUAAUUAAGACAAUCUUUAAUUGAUGGAUAAACUUCUUUAUAAAAUUAAUUUGAUGCUUAAUCAAAAUUAUAAUAAGAUAUUUUAUCAGAAAUUCAAGCCAAAAUAACUGGAAUUAGGGAUGUAUUAAUUCCUUUAUUAUAAACUGAAAUUGAGACUAAGGAUGGUGAAAUUAAAGCACUUAAUUCAAUUCUUAAUGAUGCAAGAAUUAAUUUAGCAGAAGCUGAAGAUAAUCUUAAUACAACUUAAAAUAGAUGGAUUGAGAGGUAUAUACACAAUUAUUAUCUUUAGAACUGCUUCACAUAACACUUUAAUAUAAUAAUAUGAUAAUGAAUUAUUAGCAAUUAAAGAUGCUGAAAAUGCCUUAAAAAAAGGAGGUAUAUUUAGAUAAUGAU